AUGUGUUCGACUGAGAAUAUCUCAUCGCAUUUGCAAGACCCCAAAGCCCUUAAGGCCCCUGUGUCCAAUAAAAAAAUAAAUAGCCCAAAAAUAACAGUGUUAACAGAACCUCCUAGAGAACCCAUUUAUGCAAAGUCCCUUCUGAGUCCUAGAGCUUCAACUUCAAUAGUAUCUACAAAUUUUACCAUGCAUUAUCAUCAUGCUGCAUCAUCAACCACGAAAACCUCAUUGCAAAGUUCAGCACCUUCCAUCUCUGCUGAUGCAACAGUCCCACAUGUCAGCCUACCAACAAAGUGCACAUUCAUUUCUUCUUUUCAGCGACAGUCAGGCAUAGGAAAUAAAAAUUUAGUCUACAGUCUGCUAAAAGAUAAUUUCCAAAAAGCAGGUCCGACCAACUCCAGUCAAAUGGUAG